AUGUCGUUGACCAAAAAAUUGUAUGAGGCUGCUGUUGUUGCCAAUGCUGCAAAGGAGGUACUCAAGGGAGCCGGCUCGAUUUUGGUGAGUGACGUGAACCAGUACAGAGAGUACUCGUUGCUUGGUAGGACCGUGGAUGGGUCUGGUGAGAUGUGGUCUGUGGCCAAGAGCAAGUCGUUAGAGGCCAGACUAGGUGACAGUAAUUUCAGAUCGCCUGGAAACUUACAGUCGGUGCGUUCACUCCAUACAUCAUCAACAGGAGCAAAAACUAAAAGGUUUUAUUCCACCAAGUCCUUCCCCAUAGAGGAGCUUGACAAGAAGCCUGCUAGCUCAGGCAACGGGCCAGGCUCAGUGGUCAGAAUGGCUCCAGUGAUUGUUUCUCAAAAAAACAAGCCAGGAUCAAAAGUAAUCGGAGUCAAGGAUGCACCCGAAUUUGAAAUGACUUCUUCUGAAGUCCCAUCCACCCGUCUUGCUAGGAUUUUCCACUAUGGAAGCUUGGCUGCCGGUAUGGGACUUGGAGCUGCUCAGCAGGGUUUAAAGCACUAUGCGUCGGGCGGCUCCUCGUCGUCGUUAUCAGUCAAGUCCUUGCUCUUAUCACCUGCUAAUAUUGAAAGAAUGGCCAAGAAGUUCUCCAAAAUGAGAGGGGCUGCCUUGAAAAUCGGCCAAAUGAUGUCCUUCCAGGAUUCAUCCAUUUUGCCCCAAGAAAUUCAACAAAUCUUGCUUAGAGUACAAAACUCUGCUCAUUACAUGCCACCUGGUCAAUUGGAGAGAGUAAUGCUGAAGGAUUUAGGUAAAAACUGGAGGGAAAGAUUGUUUGUAUCCUUUGAUGAUGUGCCCAUCGCAGCUGCCUCUAUUGGACAGGUUCACAAUGCGGUGAUCGAAGCUGAUAAUGGAGAAAUGACUCCAGUGGUAGUCAAGGUACAAUACCCUGGUGUAGUAGACAGUAUUGACUCAGAUUUAAACAACUUGUUGAUGCUCCUUACUGCGUCUUCCAUUUUGCCAGCUGGUUUGUUCCUCGACAAGACCAUUGCCAAUGCAAGAACUGAAUUGAAAUGGGAGUGUGACUAUAUUAGAGAAUCUCAAAAUUUGAUCAGAUUUAGAGAUAUGAUUGAACAUGACUCGGCCUUCAGCGUUCCUAAAGUGUACAACCACAUGUGUGGAGAACAUGUACUUACCAUGGAAAGAAUGAAUGGUACCGAAAUCGUGAAGGGCGAUUGGGACCAACAGACCAACAAUUGGAUUGCUACUCAAAUCAUGAAACUCUGUCUUAUGGAAAUCAAGACUUACAAAUUCAUGCAAACGGACCCUAACUGGGCCAACUUCCUUUACAACCCCAAAGUAGGUAAAAUCGAACUAUUGGAUUUCGGUGCUGCUAGAGAUUUCGGCGAUGGCUUUAUUGAUGACUAUAUUAACGUUUUAAGAUCUUCAGUCAAGAAGGACAGGGACGGAGUGGAAUACUAUUCCAAGAAAUUGGGUUAUUUAACAGGUUUAGAGUCUCCAGCAAUGACUCAAGCACAUAUUGACUCGGUCAUGGUGCUAGGAGAAGCCUUCUCACCAAUCGAUAAUGGUGGUCUGCCAUUCAACUUCAAGGAUCAAACCAUUACUGAUAGAGUUAGGGGAAAUGUUGGAGUGAUGCUUAAUGAAAGAUUAACCCCACCUCCAGAAGAAACCUACUCGUUACAUAGAAAGCUCAGUGGAGUAUUUUUAUUGUGUGCUAGACUUGGAGCAACAGUUCCUUGUGAAGAUUUAUUCAGAGAAAUCAUUGGGUACGAAGACAAAAAAUAA